UCAUGCUGCUGCCAGGUCCAGAGUCUCUCAUGGGUCCCUGUACGGCCUCCCAUUGCUGCUGUCUCCAUCGCCACACUCUGCCAUGUGCCACUUUCAGGUCUCCUCACACUGCUGGUGUGUUCCAUUUUUUGUCAUAGGGUGCUGGCAGAUUACGGGCCUCCCAUAGCUGCUGCCAGGCCCCUAAUCUGCCAUGGGCCCCUAUACCGCCUCCUCAUGCUGCUGCCAAGUCCAGAGUCUCUCAUGGGUCCCUGUACGGCCUCCCAUUGCUGCUGUCUCCAUCGCCACACUCUGCCAUGUGCCACUUUCAGGUCUCCUCACACACUGCUGGUGUAUUCCAUUUUUUGU